AUGUUUCCAGCCGGGAUGUCAUUUACUGCUACAGAUAUCGUUGUUUCUGUGACCACCCUGGUUUGCUUUACCAUUCUCUACAAAGAAAGCCAGAAAAAAUCGCUCUCGCUACCCCCAGGCCCUCACCGAUGGCCAGUUAUUGGAAGUCUUCUUUCUAUGCCAAGUGACAAUAAUAUGAGGGAGACAUUUGCUGAGUGGAAGCGAAAGUACGGCGACGUUGUAUACGCCCGAGUGUUGGGUCAGGAUAUAGUUUUAUUAAACUCUAGGGAGGCAGCACUCGAGCUACUCGAGCGUCGGUCAUCUAAAUAUAGUGACCGUCCUCGUCUUGUGAUGGCUAGUGAACUAGUUGGCUGGGGUGAUUGUCUCGCAAUCAUGAGAUAUGGGGAGCGGCAUAAGCGUAUGAGGAAGCUCUUUCAUGAAGGUCUGAGCCCCAAAGCGAUAGAGAAACUAGGGCAUAUGAUUGAAGAUGAGAUGUCUAGGUUUGCCCGAAAGUUGCUCGAGACCCCGGAAGAUUUAUACAGGCAUACACGCUAUGCAACGAACGCAACAGUACUCAAAGUUACGUAUGGCUACAGCGUCAAGGAUAAAUGCGACCCCAUUCUUACCAAGGCAGAAGAAGCGAUUAAUAUGUUUUCUUAUGUUACGCUUCCUGGAAUGUGGCUUGUUGACUACUUUCCUAUUUUGAAAUAUUUACCAUGGGCACCUUUCAAAUCUAAAGCUCGAGAAUGGAAGAAGCUUGUACAAGAGUGUGUUGAUAUGCCCGCGGACUUCACAACCGAGCAAAUGGUCCAAGGAAAAUGCGAACCUUGCCUGAUCUCCAAAUGGUUCGAGCAAGCAGAUGAACAGCCAGGGGGAAAGACAAGCGAAGCCGAUCACUUUAUCAGGUGGACGGGGACGUCGAUAUAUGGGGCGGCGACAGAUACGACUGUCUCGUCUAUACAAACAUUCUUCCUUGCAAUGAUUUAUUCCCCAGAGGCUCAGAAGGCGGCGCAAACUGAAAUUGACCACAUCAUUGGGAAUAACCGUUUACCCAAAUUAAGUGACCGAGACUCACUGCCGUAUGUGGAGGCUGUGUACAAGGAAGUUCUUAGAUGGCAACCAGUUGCUCCUUUUGCGAUACCACACACACUUGAAGCGGAUGAUGAUAUGUAUCAUGGGAUGCGCAUACCUGGAGGCUGUGUACUUGUUCCAAACAUAUGGGGAAUGUCUAGGGACCCAACUGUUUACCAGGACCCAGAGACGUUCAAGCCGGAGCGUUUCAUGAGUACCGUUACCCACGAAGCAGAGCUUGACAGUCAGAGCUUUAUUUUUGGCUUUGGUAGGAGGCGCUGUCCUGGAAUACAUCUCGCACAAUCAACUCUUUGGCUGGCUAUCGCUACAGUGCUGGCUGUUUAUGACAUUACCCCCGUCCUGGACACUGAUGGAAGGCCUGUUAUGCCGAGCUUGAAGUAUUCUCAAUCAUCUAUAAGGUAG